AUGGUGACGCGGACCUCGGACAAUAGCGCAGUUCCAGUGCCUCGAGAUAACACACGCAAGCAAGUUGUCUCGAUUCUCGUCAUUCAAGGGCAUCCUCGCGACACCCAGGAGACUCGUACUACACAGUUAUGUGUCACCCGGCAGCUCUUCCAUUCGACAGACCUCGUCAGCCACACCUUCGAGCUGGCUGGUACGUGGCCGAAUUGGACCAUCAGGGAGUCAACGAACACGACACAUCCGAGCGAGGGUCCAAGUGUGGUCGGAUCUGUCGACAUCGCCACAAUAUCAUCAAACGCUCAGCAAGAGGAUGCGCUGCUGUCAAUCCUGCGAGCUAUGAACGUGAAUCCUGAAUGGGAUCAGCGCAACUGGUUCGACGAUGUGUUAAGAAGAUUGCGAGAGACGGUGCCAACGGAGUUCGCCGACGACAUGAUGGCCCCAUUCCUCGACUACACUGUCAGACUACUCGUCGACGCGCCAUUGGACUGA